AUGGUCAUCUUCGCACUGUUGAUCUCUUCAGUUGUCCCCGCCACAAUCCGCAAGAGCAGCAACUAUGCGCGACUCGCUGACAUCGACCGUCACCUCAGAGAUGGUGAUAAAAGGUGCCCGAACGAUCGUCCGUUUGUAUGCUACGUCUUCGACGAGCUCCACCAGGAAUAUCCUGCAUGGCUAAAGCAACGUGGCGAUGACAGUGAUGAGGACGAGACGAAGUUCCUGAACUUUUUCCUUUCGAAAAUCGCUCCAUCAUUUUUUUGCAGGCUCGCCAACGGCACCCAACUCCCUGACAUCGACCGUCACCGCAGAGAUAGUAAUAAGAGGUGUCCCUCCAAUCGACCAUUUGUUUGCUACGUCUUCGACGAGCUCACUCAAGACUAUCCGCCAUGGCUGAGGCAAAAUGGCGAUGACACUAUUGAGGACGAGAUGAAGUGCGCCUCAUGUGCCGUGGCGACGACGGACGUCUGUGGUGACAUACCCUUUCAAGCGAUUGCUCUACAAUCGGAAAGAUCCAAAACCAGCCAUUGCCGCCCCAACCUUUGCGUACCCGAAGGCCGCCGCGCAAGUGGAUUGUAUUGCUCCCAUCACAAU